ACAAAUUUUUACCUCAUUUUCGUACUUCAUUUUCAGAAGAUAUAAAAAGGUGGUUAAGUCAGAGGAAAACAAAGGAUUCUGCAAAAAGUGGAAUUUGUCAUCAUUCCCCUAUCAUCACCGUCACCUUCAUCUUUCAUUCACUCUCACAUUUUUCUUCCCCAGAAAAAAGGGAACUAACAAUAUUUUUUUUAUAGAAAAAAACCCAAUAAAUCGGCAGAUCUGAGAAGCCUUUUUAUUUUAAAUCUUACAGUCAUCAUCUCUUAUAUUCAUUUUCCAUUUCUUCCUUAUCUUCCAAUCAAGAUUUAAUUUUUACUUCUAGUUUUCUAGAUGGGCAUUGAUCAAAAUGUGUAACUGAAACUGGGAUAUAUUCUUUUAAUUUUUGUUUUUGUUUUUUUGGGGUUGCUGGUAAUAAUAUUACAAUCUUUAUUGUUAUUAAAAGCAGCAUGAUAUACACAUAAUUCUAAUUUUUUAACAUGUUUAAUUGAUCAAAAUGUGUAGAUUGAAACUGGGUUAGGUUCUUUUGAUAUUUAGAGAAUCAUGAUAUACACAUAAUUUUAAUCUUUGUAACUGGUUAAUUGAUCAAAAUAUGUAGAUUGAAACUGGAUUAGGUUCUUUUUUUUCCUCUAUUUUUGUUUUUUUUGGGGCGGGGGAGAUUGCUCCGCCAUGAUGAGGUCAUCAUCUCCACCGCAUGCUGGUGAUGGCAGCGGUGGUUGUAGCGUCGGUGAAGGAGGAUUGAAUUAUUUUGAACAUCAAGUUUCAAAAUUUGAUACACUUCCUGGUGUAGCAAUCAAAUAUGGUGUUGAGGUAGCUGAUAUUAAGAGGUUGAAUGGGCUGGUUUCGGACCUCCAAAUGUUUGCUCUAAAGACACUUCAAAUACCAUUACACGGGAGGCAUCCACCAUCACCCAUAGUGUCAAAUGGUCAAGACACCCAAGGACCAAGCAGCUCUGAGAAGACUCCUUCGAGCAAUCGAUACCCUGAUUUGUUUGGUUCAUUUCACUCCCUAAAAUUGACGUCUUCCUCCCAGCCAAGAGUUUCACAUUAUGGUGGUCCUAAACCGGAAAUUCAGAAACUUGCAUCUGAAGGUUUUGAAAUGGCUGUCUAUCGGAAAGGAGUAUCACAUUAUUUAGAAGAUGGACCGUUUUUCAAGUCAACCCCUCAUCCUAAUCCACCACUCAGUCUUCAUAGAAAAUGUAAAAGCGUAGCUAAUGAUAUGUCAGAGAAUGGAGUUCUGGGCAAUCAUUUGUCACAAGAUAGCGCAGAAAAUGGCUCGGAUAGAUGGUUCGAGAAAUUGUCAAGAAGGCGUCAAAAAUCUGAGGCUGAUUUCAGUUCUCGCACCCCAGAAGUACUGUUGAAGAAAGAUAAUAACAGUGGCAGCGGGUUUUCUGCCGUUGCUGGGAAAGGUUUGGCUUUGCGACCUAAGUCAGCUAGUCGAACUCUCUCUGGACCAGAUACUGAAGCAAGUUCAAUAAAUCCUAUCCCUAUCGGAUUGAAUGAUUCUUUACUGAACGAAAGUACAAGUGUUAGGAAAUCAUCGAGUACAUCGAGUUUGCAGGAUUCAGAUAGUAGUGGCACAUUAUCUUCCCUGUGGACAACAACGAAAUGGAAUUUGAAGCCAGAUUUUCAGGCAAUUUCUGCUGCAGCAAUUACCAAACCAAUCUUUGAUAGCCUUCCCAAACCAAUCACUGCGCGAAAAAGCAAGACUGCUGUUGAUUAGCAGUUAUCUCUGCAUAUCUUGUUACCCCUUCUUCAACACAUAGAAACCGAAAGUAGAACUAUAGAAGUAAAACAUUAAAUGCUUACAUAGUCCUAGAACUUUAUCUUUUCUUCUAUUUCCUUUUCUUAUUUCAAAGUUUUGGUUAGAGGAUGCUCAUAUCUUCCAUUGGUAAAAGGUGAAGUUUAUCCUUGGAGUUAAGAAUUUGUAGCAUUACAACAAAGAUUAUUGUGUAGUAGAAAUUUUGUUUGCAUGGUUAUGCUUCAUGAA